AGCGGGGAAUGGUUAGUCUCAGUCAGUCAGCGCUCCUCUCCUCUUCGCUUCACUCAGUAACAUUCAGUGUGCUGCAGGACGUUGUGUGAGUAACACGUGCGUGUUCUGCCUCUCUCCACCCCUGUCACGACUUUGCCGUUCCCGCUGCCUGUUGAAGUUCCGUGCACCAUGACCAAAAUUGUGGAAUGUGUUCCAAACUUCUCUGAAGGAAGGGACAAAGCGGUGAUCGAGGCCAUAGCCGGGGCGGUGCGGGCGUGUCAUGGCGUCAAGCUGCUGGAUGUGGAUCCCGGCGCCUCCACUAACCGCACCGUGUACACCUUCGUGGGCGGGCCAGACGAGGUGGUGGAGGCUGCCCUUGCCGCUGCCAGGGUCGCCUUCGCCAGGAUUGACAUGACCAAGCAUAAGGGCUCCCACCCUCGCAUGGGCGCCUUGGACGUCUGCCCCUUCAUCCCCGUGCGCGGCGUGACUCAGAAGGAGUGCGUGGCCAUAGCUGCUACCUUCGGCCGGCGGCUCGCUAAGGAGUUGGGCGUACCUGUCUACCUGUACGGCGCCGCUGCCACUAAGGACUUCCGCACCACACUCCCGCAGAUCAGGGCCGGGGAGUACGAGGGCCUGAAGGAUAAGUUGAUACAGCCCAAGUGGGAGCCAGAUUUUGGGAGUCGCGAGUUUGUGCCUCGCUGGGGCGCCACCGUCACAGGCGUCAGGAAGUUCCUCAUCGCUUACAACAUCAAUCUUCUGUCCACCAAGGAGCAGGCACACAGGAUCGCACUCAAUCUUCGGGAGCAAGGUCGCGGCCCCACCCAGCUAGGCCGCCUCAAGUGCUGUCAGGCCAUCGGUUGGUACCUGGAGGAGCAACGCCUGGCCCAGAUCAGCCUCAACCUCACAGACUACGACGUGACGCCCAUGCAUGUGGCCUUCGAGGAGGCAAAGAAGGACGCCGCUGAGCUCAAGAUAGGGGUGAUGGGCUCAGAGGUGGUGGGUCUCGUCCCCCUUGCGGCCCUCCUGCAGGCGGCGGAGUACUACAUAACCAAGGAGGAGCUGUUUAUACUGGAGGAGGAGCAGAAGGUGCAGCUUGCCAUCAACCGCCUCGGACUCAGCACUCUGUCUCCCUUCAACCCAAAAGAGCGCAUCAUCGAGUACUGCGUGGGUGCGGGGCAAGGCGUGGGAAAGCUGGGGCGUGGCAGCGUGGAGGAGUUCGUGAGGGGAGUGGCGGCGAGGACUCCAGCACCGGGGGGCGGCUCCGUGGCGGCUACUGUGGCGGCCAUGGGCGCGGCGUUGGGCACCAUGGUGGGCCAGAUGACCUUCGGGAAGCGGCAGUGGGAGGCCCUGGACGCCUCUAUGCGCCGCCUCAUCCCGCCCCUACACCACGCCGCCAUCUCCCUCUUGCCAGCCAUCGACGCUGACACCGCAGCCUUCAACGCCUACAUGGACGCUGUGAGGCUGCCCCAGGGGACGGAGGAGGAAAAAGGCGUGAGGGAGAGGGCAGUGAAGGUAGCCACGGAGAAGACCAUCCAGGUGCCUCUCUCCCUUCUGAAGGCGAUCGACCAGACCUGGGAGCCCCUGGUGGAGAUGGCGACCGUGGGCAACAUGAACUGCAGGUCCGACUUACAGGUCGGGGCGCGCUGUCUGGAGGCAGGGGCGUGGGGUGCCUACUACAACGUGCUGGUCAACCUGGACAACCUGCUGGAGGGACCCGAGCGCAACUCCUAUCUAACACAAGCCGAGGAUUUGCUGCAGAAGGCGCGGCGGGGAUGUGAGGCCGUUCUGAGCGAGGUGGAGAAGCGGGCGGAAUAGCAGGAGGCCGAGGGGGGGAGGAAGAGCAGGGGGAGUGGAGAGAGGAAUGGAGGAAAUGGAGGAAGGAGGGCAGAGAAUGUUUCGCGAAGAAGAGAAAGCGGAGGGAGGAAUAAGGAUAAUGGAAGCAAGAGGGAAGGAAGUGAAAGAAGGGACAGAAGGAAGAAUUCCAGCCAGCCUCCUCCAGGAAGAACGAGUAGACGACGGUAGUGUGUGUGUGUGUGUGUGUGUGUGUGUGUGUGUGUGUGUGUGUGUGUGUGUGUGUGUAGGUGUGUGUGUAUGUGUGUAUUUGUGGUAACCGUCCUCUCCAUGCGUGCCUUCUCCAUGCCCCCUCCCUCUAUCCCCCUCCCUCCCUUCCUCCCUCCUUCGUAAUCUCAAAUGUAGCAAGUCAUACAUGCAUUUUAUACUGAGUGUCAUGAAGUGUGUCACAGUAAUCAGCCACCCAGGGACGCGGGAACACAGCAACACGGCUGAUGCUGUCACUCGCUGAUUGGUCUAUAGAUCCUCGUCUUGUUUUAAAAAAAAGCACGGCAAAUUUGCUGUAUUCCUAAUAGAACCAUUACUUAAUUCUAAGAUGCCAGAUUAUUUCUAUUGAAUUAAUCCGGUAAUCUUAUUGUUAAUGGUUUAGUAGAAAUGCAACGUUAAUUUAUAGCACGUUUCGAAAUAAGAUCUGAAUACAUAUGUACGUAGACCAACCAACGAGUGAGAGCAUCAGUCAGCGGCAGUGAUAUCAUAUUUCCGUGUUCUCAGGCGGCUGCAUGACUGUGACACACUGACACAGACUACAGUAAAGGGGAAGCUCUAACAAUUAUUGACCUCCUGGCUAGCGAACAUCUCUAGCUAUUAAACUUAUCCCUAAAAUGACUCAGUAAGUUAAAACACAACCAUUAAACUCCCUCCUGUAGUAGAGUCGCUAAAAGAAGUACCGUGACAAAGUACAGUGGAUUUCAUUGUACAUAAAUGGAGCAGAAAUUAAAACCUGAAUUAAUAAACAAACUGACAGUAAGAGUUCCGCAAAGACCAAGAAGUGGGCAUGUGACAGGUGGAGGAAGAUGUCUGUUACUGGAACGUCUUGCCUCAACCACUUCAACAGGUUCUAGUAGACAUUAUAGAGGGUUUCAAGGGUGCUUUCAUGAUUCCAGUAAUAGUUUAACAAGGAUUCUGUAUUUUUGAUAGGAAAAGCACUCUUGAGAGCCUGACUAAUCAUCUGUGGCCUUUGAAAAACUGUUCUGGUGAAAGUCCAAAGCGUUUAAAAAUACAAACAGUUUUUUUUUCUUUUUUUUUUCUUUUUGUAUGAAACGUUUUGUGAAAUAUGACAGGACUUGUUUGGCCAACUGUAGUACAUCCUCGCCUGUUCACAACGCACCAUACAAGAAAACACAGCCAGAAGGUAAAAGCAACACCAGAAUGAAUACAUAUAGAUUUACUGUGUAUUCAAAUUGAUGUUCAAAUAGAUUCUAUGGCAAUAAUGCGUAAAAUAAUUGCAAACCAUUAUAUUAAAACCAUAAAAGCCAUAUCCUCUCUCUCUCUCUCUCUCUCUCUCUCUCUCUCUCUCUCUCUCUCUCUCUCUCUCUCUCUCUCUCUCUCUCAUUUAUACAUGCUUCAGCUUGUAUGUAUAGAAGAGAGAUAGACUGUGUUGAACUUUAAAGAUAACACUGAUAUGACUCUCUCUCUCUCUCUCUCUCUCUCUCUCUCUCUCUCUCUCUCUCUCUCUCUCUCUCUGUCUUCAGACAUAAUUAGAAUUUGCUCAAUUAAUGAUAAGUAUAAGUAACGAAUGAAAGACCUUCGCUUUCUUUCCAUCUCUCUGAAAACAAAUGAUUAGUCAUUACCGAAAUGUUUCGUUCACGUAGUAAUGUUCUUCCGCUAUUUCAGGGUCUUUUUAUUUGGAAUCUUACUGUAUUAAUGUUAUUCUUCCUUCUUGCUACAGUAGUAUGAUGUAUUUUUUUUUCAUGGUAGCUUACGAUACAUUGUGACGCCUUUUUUUUUUUAUUCCAACGCAUGAUCGAAAGAACAAAAACAAAAGAACUCACGGUGAUAAAUCUGUUGUGUUUAUAAUGUAGAUUCUUCAUACUGAGGCUACGAUCCUGCCAUGUUGCCUCACUCACUAACGUUUCUAUUGAUUUCUAACGCCAGACUCAAACUUUAGAACAGACUCAGUAACCAGGAUAGUACAGAGUCAAUAGAGGGCUUUAGGGAGAAUAGUCGAAUAGGGAUAAUAGUUGGGUAAAGACUAGUUCUCAUCUACGGAGGUGCUGAAGCUAUAACUACGCCAUGUUGCCACACUAACCAAGCUUCUCAUUAACCAGUAUCGCUUCGUGAGGAAAUAGUGGUAGUUAGUCUGCUGGCUUGGUUGUCACUUCCUCGCUGGCAGUGUAUGGACCAGGGUUCGAUCUCUCAAAAGAGGGAAUUGGCUUGAUUAAUGUGUGUGUGUGUGUGUGUGUUUUUUUUUCUCUCUCUCUCUCUCUCUCUCUCUCUCUCUCUCUCUCUCUCUCUCUCUCUCUCUCUCUCUCUCUCUCUCUCUCUCUCUCUCUCUCUCUCUCUCUCUCUCUCUCUCUCGCGCCUGUACUGCUCACAUAACCAUAUCAACAAAAGCUGCCCACUAACUCACGCGUUUGGUGACAAAAUGCUUCCAGAUUUUGUACCGGAAUAUAUAUAUUUUUUGGGGAAUAAACUUGCUACAGCU